UACAACAAUUAUCUAACAUUUUUAGACUUGUGAGACAGGCACACGGUGGGAACAGCGCAGACCCUCCUGCGAACAGGCACAGAGUUCCUCGCUCUGCAGCCUGGACCUUGCUUUGAAACGGGCCACAUUAGAAGCUGGACCCUGCGGACCAGAGAGGAACUAUGAGCCUUUACGGCAGCCGCGUGCAGCAGCUGGGCGAAAGCCCGCCGACACUGAGUCUGUCCAAUUCAUCCCUGAUAUACCUGUAUGGAAAUGACAGCAGGGGCAUUCUGCCCGCACUGGGAUUCGCCCCGGGUCGACAGGAACCUCCACAGAAGCCGCCCUAUAGCUACAUCGCACUCAUCGCAAUGGCCAUCAAGAGCGCGCCGGAACAGCGCGCGACCCUCAGCGGCAUCUAUCAGUUCAUAAUGGAGCGAUUCCCGUUCUACCACGACAACAAGCAGGGCUGGCAGAACUCUAUACGCCACAACCUCUCCCUCAACGACUGCUUCAUUAAGGUUCCCAGGGAGAAAGGCAGGCCCGGGAAAGGUAGCUACUGGACCCUGGAUACCAAAUGCCUGGACAUGUUCGAGAACGGCAACUAUAGGCGCAGGAAGAGGAAAUCCAAGUCCCAAGAAUCGCGCGAAGCCAAAGCCCGCUACAAGAAGAACAGUGGGCACGUUUCUCUCUCCUCUCCUAGUCUCAAACCUGCUGCUGACCUCCUUAUUGCGACGGCGACAGACUUGGAGCGGCAGCAGCGGCAGAAUGAUCAAUAUGGCGCGGAUAUGAAACCUGCUCUUUCUGAGAUCAGUAAGAAUCGGGUGCAGCUGUGCACGAAGGAUCUGUACCCGUCCCCAGGGGUGCAUGACUCUUGUCCCGCACCCAUUACUCCCGCGGAGGACUGGUACAGGUCCUGUUUAUCCAUAACGCCCUGUGGUCCAAAGUCCCAGUCGCUGGAGAAGAUCGCCAUUUCCUGUGAGGACACGGCGCAUCCCGUGAACAGCCCCGCGUUUAGUGGUGCGCCGAACUCAGUCGACAGACCGAGCAGACAGAAGGGAAUGAUUCAAGGUAGCGUUACCAAAACCACCGACAGGGCGAAGGGUUUCAGCAUAGACAGUAUUCUGUCGAAAAAGGGUUCCCAGAGCUCGUACAGAUAUAGUGCUGGCAUUCCUACGCGUGGUUUGGAGACGGACAGCUCGGCGUUCAGUGCGUCAAUGAUGCUGGGAGCGCGCGCGCCCCAGCUGUAUCACAUGGGAUUUCCUCUUUGCCCUUACCUGUCUCUCCCGUGUCCGGAGAAAGUGUUGCACUUCCAGUGAGAAUAUUUAAAAAGUGACCACGAACGGUAACACCUUUAACCGACUUUCUGUCUCAGCUGCAGAUGGUAAGAAUGGUUUACUGCACAAUUACUCUGUUUGGCCAAUAGACUGACUGACGUCUAUCAUGUCAAAAAUUUUCACGUCAAAAUUUCCUCUGAGAUUACAGUUAUACUGUGUCAGGUCUCUGCACUGCAGUCCUCGCGUUCUCGUGUCCAGUUCUGCUCACUCCUGUAUUUUCUCUGAAUGUGUGUUUUUGUUUCAUUGUGACUGAGAGCUCAGUUAACAGUCUUCCGCCUAUACAUGCAACACUUUUCUCUACAAUUCAACUCGAGGCAGUCUUGUAUUGCAAUGCAACUGAGUGUUGAAGUGUUCAAAAUAAAAUAUCCCCGCCCAACAGUAAAUAAAUAAAUUCUGACAAAAAUAUUGCGGGUUAAUUUGGGACGAGAACAAAAGGGAACUAAGCGUAUCUGUAAAAUGGUCAAGUCGUUUAAAUGUUGGAAUACACAUUUGUUUACUUAAAUGAAGUAAGCUAUUAGAAAAUGUAUAACGGGUUUACAAUUGGUAACUGUAGUAAAACAAAGUCUCCUGCAUCAUCCUGCCAGUGACACAGUGUCAUCAUCUAAAGGUCAUUAGCCCCAACCCGAGACCCAGCUAUAGGUCCACGCGACCCCUCUUUCCGCCCCAUCACUUAUACUGGGCGCGAGGCCCUUUGGCCCCUUGGCCCCUUCCUCAAAAAAAAAAAAAACCCAUCUCUUAGCAGCACGCAGGACAGGGCAGGCUGCGUGACGCUGACGCGGGGGCUGAAAACCGCUUACUUAAAACAAAACCACAGUCGGGGAGCAGCUGGCGACAAACUGUUGUGUAGCCAUGCGCAAAUCCACCCUUCAGACUGUCUUCUGUUCGGAUAUGCUUUAGUUUAAGUUAUUCUAGUUUCACAUUUUCGUUCCUAUAAAUCUGGUGCCUGUGUUGGAUACGAAAGAGAUGGCUGUAUCCUCAUAGAUAUUCAGAGAUUAGGCUACGGUCAACUUCACGUUUACCUAUUUCAUAAUGUAAAAAAUCUGAAGACACAAUUGUUAUGACGGUUAUUAUUGUGACUGUUUUUGGCAGCCUACACAUUUACUAAGAUAGUGCAGGUGAUGUUUAUGACCCACUAUUGAAUAAAAUCAAGUGUCCAAACAUUUUCUUAAUUAUAUUUGAAGUGCAAAUGAAUGAAAUGUGUGAAUAUUAAUGCAG